ACGUUUACCACCACGUGCGCAAUCCGGUUGGCCGCGGCGAGCCUAUCCAAAUGACUUGCAAGUGAGGAAAGAAAAUCUGAUUAAUUGCAAUUACGUGUGAGAUUAUAAAGGCGAGUGUUGUCGUGCUGUAAACACUCACAAAGACAGCUGGUCACUCCCUCCUCGUGUGCAGAGCAGAGGAUGAGUUGGAGCAGGGGAGGUGAAAGCGGAGCACUUAGUGAUUGACGUUGUGAUUGCUCAGCCGAGGUUGAGCACGAGACACCGGCAUCUCUCCAAAGCACUUCAUCACCGCAUGAGCGCGAUUGAACAACACAACAUCUAUAGAGUGAAAUAUUUAAUAAUUGCUCCACUGGGUACGAAAAGAAAAGGCAUCAGGAAACAAAUAUGUUUUACUUUCACUGUCCACCACAGUUAGAAGGAGAGUGUUGCAGGACCAACUCACUAAACACAAAUGGGUUUGGGAAUCACGCCUCUGGAGACUUUGAUGACGGUUUCCUGCGCAGAAAACAACGCAGAAACAGGACAACCUUCACUUUACAACAGCUGGAAGCUUUGGAGGCAGUUUUCGCACAGACUCACUAUCCAGACGUGUUUACAAGAGAAGAGCUGGCUAUGAAAAUAAACCUAACAGAGGCCCGUGUCCAGGUGUGGUUUCAAAAUCGAAGGGCAAAGUGGAGAAAAACCGAAAGAGGAACUUCAGACCAGGAGGGAGGCAAAGAACAAAUCAAUGAGGGCAACCCUCCUGCACGAAACCUCAACCAGUCUCCUGUUGACCACGGCAGAAAUAAAAAAGAACCAAUGGAAAUACAGCAAAAUAUAAACAGAGUGGUUGGAUCGGGUGGACCUUUUUUCCCGUCUUGUUUGCCUGGGACUCUGUUGAACACAGCUACUUAUGCACAGGCCUUGUCACAGGUGGCAACUUUAAAAGGCAGCCCACUGUGCUCUUGCUGUGUGCCGGACCCAAUGAGCCUCUCCUUCCUGCCGCCGUAUGGGUGCCAGAGUAACCGGACGGCCAGUGUGGCAACCCUGCGGAUGAAGGCCAGGGAACAUUCGGAGGCAGUACUGCAGUCAGCCAAUCUGCUGGGGAUAGGGUCUACAGCCGGGCCUGGAGCAGCAGGGCCAGGGGUCGGGCUGGGCCAAAGCACUGUCGCUGCUGGAGGAAGCGAUCACAGUCCUAACUCUGGUAGCUCUAAGAUCACAUCACAAAGAAGAACUCCGGACAAGCACCUGCACUGCCCAAAGGAGGGUCUGGAAAAGAAAUAAGGGAGUUUUAUUUUCUCCACCUGGAGGACAUUGUUUGGAUGAAGGAUUUAUCAUUGAAUGCCUGCUGCCUCUUUUUUGAGCGCACUGACAUGCCGCGGACAGGACGGUGUUGAGUGCAUUCCAUUUAUGUGUAUUUUGCGUGUAUAUGUGUGUGUUAAACUAUUAAUUAAAUUGUAAUUUAUCUUUCAUUCUUAA